AGUUUAGAAGAAUGAAGGGGGAGUCUCACAGAAAUCUAUAAAAUUCAAGCAAGAUUAGACUGGUUAGAUGCAGGAAUGAUGUUGUGCCUGAUUGUAGAGGAGUUCAAAACUGUGGUUUAAUGAUAAGAGGUAAAGCUUUUUAGACUGAGUUAAGAAAUUUCUUUAUCUAGGGAUAUGGGAGGAAGGCAAGAUUAAGCUCUUUGAUCAACUCUGAUCACAUCGAAUGACAGAGCAGGCUCGGCGGUUGAAUGGCCUACUCCUUCCAUCUUCUGUUUCUGUGUCUCUGUUUCUGUUUGUAAUUUAUUGUCCAUUACCUAGGAAUUGAAAACCAGCUCAUUAUCUCUACCCCUGGUCACUCUAAAUAACGAUGCUGGAGGCAAAACUCAGUAUAAAUGUUAAGGCAGCCAUCACCUUUGGCUGACUUGGGCAAAAUGCUGAAAAUGCUCAACAGAUGGAAAUUAGAAGCAAAAGUUGGCCAUCCAGCUGAGUCUACUUGCCAUUCAACAUGGUCAUGAUUGAUCCUCUACCUGAAUGGUCACUAUCUCCAUUUGGAAAAUGAGUCACAUUGGUGGACGUAGUUUUGUCGAGGUUAUUUGUGAAAAGUACAGCCCAGAAAAUUUUCCAUAUCGACGAGGAAUGUGCAUAGGCAUCCACACCUCUGCAGGGCCACAGGGCUCACCUAUGAAAGCACGCCUGAAUCUCCCAACUAUCCUCGUGCUGGAUGGUUGUGGAAUUACAACUGCUGGAAAGGAAAGCGAUAUUGCUGCCUUCUGCUCGCAUGUCUCUGAACUCGACCUGUCUGAUAAUAAUCUACAAGACUGGUACGAGAUCAGCAAAAUUGUAUCAAAUCUUGCCAAGCUGACAUUUCUGAACCUCACCUCAAAUCCUCUGAUUGAGGCCAGUUUAGAUUCAGCUUGCGCUGCCUCAUUCUCUCGAAUACAGAGACUCGUCCUCAACAACACCAAAGUUUCAUGGGAAACCGUUCACAUUUUGUUGCAGGAAUUAUCAGGGUUAGAGGAGCUCUUCCUGUGCUUUAAUAACUACAGGACAGUAUCACUGUCGUCCUGCUCCUACCCGUCACUUCGACUUCUACAUAUCACUGAUAAUAAUCUCACUGACUGGGCAGAGGUACACAAACUUGGACAAAUGUUCCCAGGCUUGGACACAUUAAUCCUGGCAAACAACAACCUGACAAGCAUCACAGAUUCUCAGGGAACUCUGGCACGACUUUUCCAAAACCUACGAUCAAUUAAUCUUCAUAACUCAGGACUAAACUCAUGGGAUGACAUUGAUAAACUCAAAGCAUUCCCCAAAUUGGAAGAAGUGAGGCUUCUAGGAAUUCCUUUGCUCCAGAGUUAUUCUGAGGAGGAGCGACGCAAACUCAUCAUUGCUAGGUUGCCAUCUGUAACAGUGUUAAAUGGCAGUAAAGUUGCUGGAGAAAGAAUAGAUGCUGAACGAUUUUUCAUACGUUACCAUAUAAAUCACCCAGAUGAAGAAUUACCAGACAGGCAACUGUACAAAACAUUCGUUAGGAUUUGGAUUAACAGUCCGUUCUGCUAUGUACAGCAUGGAAACAGACCCUUCGAAUUACUGUAUCAAUUUGGAACCAGGAGCUCAGACAGUGAAACUCCAAAGGUUGAUGAUGGUGGAUCUCCAGAAAUUCAUCUAUCAAUUACUUUCCCAUUCUUUGCAAUGGGACAGAGGUCACUGCAUGUGAAUAACAAUGGUGUGAUAUCCUUCAAUGUACAAGUCAGCCAGUUCACCCCUGAAGCUUUCCCUCUUUCUGAUGGGCGUUCCUUCAUUGCUCCUUUUUGGGCUGAUGUUCAUAAUGGAAUCAAGGGGAAUGUGUAUUACAGAGAGAGUACUGAUCCCAGUAUCCUGCAAAGAGCUACCAAGGAUAUCAGGAAGAACUUCAAGGACCAGAACGCCUUCUCAGCUACUUGGGUGUUCAUUGCCACCUGGUACAAAGUCACUUUCUAUGGAGGCAGCUCCACAACACCGGUGAAUACGUUUCAGUGUGUGCUGAUCACAGAUGAAAGAACAUCAUUUGCCAUGUUUAACUAUGCUGAUAUUUACUGGACUACAGGGACUGCAAGUGGAGGAGACCCACUAACUGGAGUUGGAGGCUCAGCAGCACAGGCAGGAUUCAAUGGUGGUGAUAACAGUCACUUUUUCAGUUUGCCCACAUCUCGAACCUCUGAGAUGAUGAACAUUGAAGAGACAAGUAACGUAAACUUCCCAGGACGUUGGAUUUUUAGAAUAGAUGGAGAUACAAUUGAUCCAUCAAAUGGUUGCAGCCUGAAUGGGCAGUUUUUCCGUCGUGGAGAUGUGUUCUGGGCUGAGGAGAAAUGUCAGACCAAAUGCCGCUGCCUUGACCUGGAGAACCGGCUCCUGUGCCAGAAUCUGUCCUGCGGGCAGUUGGAGCAGUGUCACUCUGUCGAUGGUGUUUACCGUUGCCUUCCCGAGCAGACCGCCUCCUGUGUGGUUUUUGGAGAUCCUCACUAUCACACCUUCGACGGGUCGCUCUUCCACUUCCAAGGAACUUGCUCUUAUAUCCUUUCCAAGCCGUGCCUGGAGGGGGACCAUCUCCCCAGCUUCAGCAUUGAGUCCACCAAUGAGAACCGGGUGGGGGGUGCCGUCUCUUGGCUUCGGAGCAUCAAAGUGAAGGUUUAUUCACACAGCAUCGUCAUUCUCCGGGGAAACCGAGGGCAAGUGUUGGUAAGGACUCAGCUCAGGAGUCCAAAUGGGGCUCAGGUGUGCGGGAACUUUAACAACUAUCCCGGGGACGACACGCUGCUCCCGGGGGGAGUCCCCUGGCGAUCGGUGGCGGAGCUGGGCCCUGCCUGGCAGGUGGAGCCGUCCGCCUGGGCCUGUCAUCACGGGGACUGUGCCCCCAACUGCAGCAGCUGUGAACCCCACUCGGAGUCUGCCUUCUCCAGCCACCGGUACUGCGGCGUCAUGAACCAAACAGACGGACCUUUCCGGGAUUGCCGCAGUGUGCUGGAGCCCAGCGGCUUCAUCAGCAGCUGUGUGUAUGACCUGUGUGCUCAUGCAGACAACUUCAGCAGCACCAUCCUGUGCCAGGCCAUCCAGGCUUAUGCCCUCAGCUGCCAGGCGGUAGGAAUCACCAUCGGCCGCUGGAGAUCGCGCACUUUCUGCGCCUUACCCUGCCCAGAGCGGAGCCACUAUGAGGUGUGCACCAGCAGCUGUCCGGCUUCCUGCACUGACCUGAUUUCUCCCUUGUACUGUACCAGGCCCUGCACUGAGGGUUGUCAGUGUGAUGCAGGUUAUGUACUCAGUGGUAAUGUUUGUGUUCCACUUGAAGAGUGUGGCUGUGAAUUCAAUGAACGAUAUUAUUCCUUCAAAACAAAGUUCUGGGCAAAUGAUGACUGCACCCUACGUUGCCUGUGUGAGGGUCCCGGGGAGGUGCUGUGUAUGAAUGAAACUUGCUCGAAAGGAGAGUUCUGUCUUGUGGAGAAUGGGAUCCGAGGGUGCUAUCCCAAGAGAGCAGCUGUGUGUACAGUCUCGCGCAAUAACGGGCUACAAACAUUUGAUGGUGCUUCGUUUGAUUUCCGGGAUGAAUAUGCAUACACCCUGCUCAAAAUCUGUGGCUCAAACAGUUACAAUCUGUCUCAUUUCGAAAUCAAACUAGGAAGAAAGAAAAUGGUUAAUGGUUCUUGGAUAAAAUCACUGACUAUAAAUUUCCCUGAUCAUGAAAUAAAGAUUGGAGACAGUGAAAACAUCAUCAAGGUGAAUGCCUUUGCGAUUUCUUUGCCAUUUAUGCAUUCAUCUGGAAAACUGAAGAUCUACAGAAAUGGAAAUGAUACCACGGUGGAAUUAGACAACAGUUUCCAAAUCCUUUAUUCAAGUGAGGAUCGUGUGAAUUUAACACUGUCCACUGCCUAUUACAACCACACCUGUGGACUAUGUGGAUACUUUAAUGGUAAUCCCACAGAUGACUUCCGUAAAGCCAAUGGAAAGGUGACAGAAAACGCUGCAGAAUUUGUGGAUAAUUGGAAGACAUUUGCUGACGAUAUGACAUGCAAUGGCCAGUGUGAGGAGCUAUACACCGUGUGUACAAAUGAGGAUUUAAUUUUGUAUCAAGGGAUCUCGCUAUGUGGCAUAAUCAAUGAUCCCCAUAACAGCUCCUUCCUCAAUUGUCAUGAAGUUGUCAAUCCUUCUCCCUUUUUCAGAAGUUGCCUCUAUUCCAUGUGUUUAAAUGGCGGGAACAUAACAUCUCUUUGCAGCUCCCUGCAGGCCUAUGCAGAUGCUUGCAUUGGUGCCAAGGUCACACAAACUAACUGGAGAAGCAGCACAUUUUGCCCUCUUCCGUGUCCUGACCACAGCCACUUUGCCGAAUGCACCUCCGCCUGUCCAAUGACUUGUGUCUCCCUGGAGCAGGAUGUGGAGUGUACGCUGCCUUGUGUGGAAGGCUGUCAGUGUGACCAGGGUUUUGUCCUGAAAGAUGGUCAUUGUAUUCCAAAGAGCCACUGUGGCUGUGUCUACGAAGGUUUGGAGGUCAGGACCAAUGAGACUUUCUGGUUGGACAGAGACUGUCAAACUCGCUGCUACUGCAAUGGUUCUGACAAUGCGGUUUAUUGUGAGAGCGCCUCCUGCCGUCUCGAUGAAUUUUGCUCCGAAGGAGCUGACCUGUUUUCCUGCCUUCCCCGCACAGAGGCUGUUUGCAUCGUGUCUGGCUACAGCCACUUGUACACCUUUGACACUCUGGCCUAUGAUCUGCAAAGUACCUGCUCCCACAUCAUCAGCACCGUGUCUGCCAGUUCCCCACAUCUGCCCCACUUCCUGGUCCAAGCUGAGAAUGAAGACCGCAAUACGUCAUUGGCUCUAUGGCUUCACCAAGUCGAGGUGAAGGUGUAUGGCUACAAUAUCAGCGCUUCCAAAGCCUACAAACACACAGUGAUGGUAAACAAUGAACGGGUUAAUCUGCCCCUCAGACUGGGUCAUGGCGAGGUCAAUCUCUACUCGUUUGGGCUCUUCUUGAUUCUGGAAACAGAUUUUGGGCUCAGGGUGAUUUAUGACUGGAACAUGUUCCUAACAGUGACAGUCCCCAGGAUCUUCUUCAACCUCACGCGGGGUCUGUGUGGCCAGUUCAAUGGAGAUCCGGCUGAUGAUCUUGAGACUCCUGAUGGCGAGAUCGUGGCUGAUCUGCUGGAGUUUGCUGAGAGCUGGAUGGUGGCGAGGACUGCGUUUUGUGAGCUGGGCUGUCACCGGGUUUGCCCCUCGUGUGAGCAGGUACUCAAUCUCCCUGUGGACGUGCUGCAGCUCUGUGCCCUCAUUGUGUCCAAGGACAAUGUCUUCAGCCACUGUCACGCGAAGGUGAAUCCCACUUUCUUUUACCACAAUUGCAUUUUCGACUCGUGCAUCGAUCGUGGAGACCGUCAAACUGCCUGUAACUGGCUUCAGAACUACGGCAGUAGCUGCCAGGCACAGGGAGUUGUUCUGCCCGGCUGGAGAAACCUGACCAUGUGCAUGAUCAACUGUCCUGCGAACAGUCACUACGAGAGCUGUAUGUCUGUGUGCCAGCCAGGGUGUGGCACCUCCAAGACCCAUGAGGACUGCAGUAGUUAUUGUAUGGAGGGCUGUCAGUGUAAUGAUGGCUUCCUGCUCAAUGGCAGAAUGUGCAUCCUGCCCCAGGACUGUGGAUGUGUGGCAGAUGAUAAUUACUAUGAGCCAGGGCAGUUUUUCUGGAACACCAACUGCUCCAAACACUGUCGCUGCAUGGGACGCAAUAUGGUCCAGUGUGAUUCACGCCAAUGCAAGAGUGAAGAAUCAUGUUCAAUCCAAAAUGGAAUCAGAGGCUGCUACAGUAAGAAAGACGCCUCUUGCAUCGCUGCUGGGGGAGGCAUAUUCCAGACUUUCGAUGGGGCGUUCCUGCGAUUUCCGGCUGCCUGCUCAUUUGUCCUCUCCACAAUCUGUCACAAACUUCCAGACAUCUCCUUUCAACUGAUUGUAAACUUUGACAAAUGGAGUUCACCCAACAUGACUGUGAUCUCCCCUGUUUACCUGUAUAUCAAUGAAGAACAGAUUCUCAUCUCAGGCAACACUGUGCAGGUGAAUGGAACCACUGUUACGAUUCCUGUUGCCACAGGACUAACAAAGAUCUCAACUGCUGAGGGAUUUCUAACCAUUGAUACUGUUCAAGGUAUUCAGAUCCAAUACAACUGGUUUAAUUUGCUGUCAAUCAGAAUGGGGGAGCGUCUACAAAACAAGGUGUGUGGUCUGUGUGGAAACUUUAAUGGAAACCCCAAUGAUGAUGAUUUAAGUUCUCGAGGAAAACCAGCACAAACAGUCUUGGAAUUGGCAAAGAGUUGGAAAACCAAUGGCAUGCAGAACAGCUGUGAUGAAGAUCAAUACACUGCAUUAUCACUAACUUGUGAUAAUCAGGACAUUAUCCAGUUACAGAAUGAAGGAAGUUGCCUGAAACUCACUGAAAUGAAGGGGUUCUUCCAACCGUGUUUUGGCUUCAUCAAUCCAAUGCCAUUUUACUCAUCCUGUGGCUUGGAUACUUGUUACUGGGAUGAAAGAUCGCAAAUCUGCAGCUCUUUGGCAGCGUAUGGAGAGGCAUGUCGUUCACGGGGGAUCCUGAGCACUGACUGGAUUCGACGGGAAAACUGCUCAGAAUUGAUCGAGGAUCCUUGUGCUGGAGGCAUUUGCACCAAUUACAGUUUAUGCCGACAGGGUAAUGGUGAUCUGUGUGGCUGCCCAGAAAAGCCAAGCCUAGACGGUGAUGAUAUUGUCCAGGCAGACGUGGUGUGUAAAUAUUCACAGAUGCAAGUUUAUGUUUCCAAAUGUCGACUUUAUCAACUGGGCUUUGAGCGUGAAGAUGUUCGAAUUAAUGAUAUCCAUUGUGUGGGGUCAGAAGGAGAUGAUUUUAUUGCAUUUCACAUCAAUAAUACCAACCACAACUGUGGCAAUAUAGUGAAAACAAAUGAAACGCAUAUCAUGUAUAUAAAUACUGUCUGGAUCGAAAGUCUGAACAACACAGGCAAUGUCAUUACUCGUGAUAGAGUCAUCAAUGUUGAGUUCUCCUGUGCCUACGAACUUGACCUGAAAGUUUCUCUUGAAACUGUUGUGAGGCCAAUGCUGAGUGUUGUCAACCUCACUCUUCCCACCAAAGAAGGUAGUUUCAUCACCAAAAUGGCUCUGUAUAAAAAUUCAUCUUACAAGUUUCCAUAUCGAGAGGGCGAGGUGACACUCACUACGCGGGACGUCCUGUAUAUUGGAGUGUUUGUUGAAGGUGCAGAUUCUACUCACUUAAUUCUGAUCAUCAACCAGUGCUGGGCCACUCCAUCCCGGAAUCCAAAGGACCGACUACGCUACAUGAUAAUAGAGCAAGGAUGUCCAAACUCAAAGGACAGCACUAUUGAGAUGGAGGAGAACGGAGUGUCUCUUACCUGCCGUUUCCAUCUGGUUGUCUUCAAGUUUAUCGGCGAUUAUGAGGAGGUCCAUCUGCACUGCGACGUAACGCUAUGUGACUCCGAUACAAGUAACUGUAGAGUUACUUGUCCAACAAACAACAGGAGGCUCUCCAAUGAGGACUGGCCACUCCCGAAAGAGCAGAUUCUAUCUGUUGGUCCCAUCAGGAGAAGAGCAGCUGAUUGGUGUGAGAAAGACAACGGUGGCUGUGAACAGAUUUGCACAAGUCAGGUGGAGCACGCAGUCUGCAGCUGUACAACUGGCUUUCUGCAUUGGGAUGGCAAACACUGCAGAGCUUUAAGUGCUUGUAGUGAGCCAGUGAUUCUCCCCGCACUUCUGGUGAUGACACAGCUGUUUUGCUGGAUAUUGAUAAACACACAAAACCUGAAACCGUAACAACAGUGAAGAUGGAAGCAAUUGCUUUGGAAACAGGUGGCAUUGAUCAGAAUUUAAGAAGCAAUGCAUUUUUGUACUGUUGGGGAAUUUAUCAAAUUAACUUUAUUUUGUUUUAUUUAAGUACUACUGUAGUGAAGGAUCAUAAGAUCUGGACUGUGUAAUGAAUUUAUAGGUGUGAGAACUCCAGUCUGAACUGUUCUUGGUUUUAGGAUUCAGCCUUUUGUUGAAUAUAGGAAGAUCAAUUUGAAAAUAAAAACAAUUUCAUUAGAAUUUAGGCUCAUUCUGAUUCAAACCAUCUCCGCUUCAUGAACAUACAGUGGAAAUCAGCCUAGACUUUACUGACUAAUAGUGCCUGCAUUAUGGGCCAAAUGGCCUCAUACCAUCCCACAUUCAUAUUUUCAGUUGUAAAUAGACUUGAAGAACUAAAGAAACAUCAGGAAAAGCAUUAGCAAAUAUUACUCCAGCUCACUAAAAAAUGGUAUUAAAAUUAGGUGGUUCAAAACACAAACACCUCCAAUAUUCCCUGGAUAGAGGGCAAGCAGCUGAUCACAGCCAGUGCUGUGACUUAACAGUUAGACUAAUCAGGAGACUGUUCCAGGAGUGGGGUGCAGAGGCUUGAUGCCUGGAUGAGAGGGGCCCUUAGUUGUCCAGGGUGGAUGCUGGAUGGAGAACAGACAGCUGUGGG